AAGUAGAUGUUCAGAACGGGCCCCGCAGCGCAGACUCCACAUCCGGGAGAGGAGAGCGGAAGUGGCGUUGGUCUGGCCGGAGCCCUUGGGUGAAUUUGUUAGGCGUGGAGAGGGAGUGAUGUCUUCCAGAUUCGGUGCAGUACCCGCUAACCCGGGACCCACAUCCUUUAAGCAGCAGAGGAGCACGAGGAUCGUGGGAGCUAAGAAUAGCAGGACCCAGUGCUCCAUAAAGGAUAACAGCUUCCAGUACACUAUCCCUCACGAUGACUCCUUAAGCGGCUCUUCAUCUGCCUCUUCGUGUGAACCAGUGACUGAUUUUCCAGCAUCCUUCCGAAAAUCUACCUACUGGAUGAAGAUGAGAAGGAUCAGGCCAGCUGCUGCUUCCCAUGUCGAAGGGUCAGGUGGAGUAUCAGCCAAAGGAAAAAGGAAACCCAGGCAGGAAGAAGAUGAAGACUAUCGAGAAUUUCCUCAGAAGAAGCAUAAGCUUUAUGGGAGGAAGCAACGGCCUAAAACUCAGCCUAAUCCCAAAUCCCAGGCUCGGCGUAUUCGGAAGGAGCCACCAGCUUAUGCAGCAGGUAGUUUGGAGGAGCAGUGGUACUUAGAAAUCGUGGAUAAAGGAAGUGUCUCCUGUCCUACCUGCCAGGCAGUGGGGAGGAAGACCAUAGAGGGCUUAAAGAAGCACAUGGAAAACUGCAAACAGGAAAUGUUUACUUGUCAUCAUUGUGGGAAACAGCUUCGUUCGCUGGCAGGGAUGAAGUAUCACGUCAUGGCAAAUCACAAUAGCUUGCCCAUUUUGAAGGGUGGUGAUGAAAUGGAUGAGCCAAGUGAGAGGGAACGGCUCCGUACAGUUCUGAAGAGACUGGGAAAGCUCCGCUGUAUGCGUGAGAGUUGCUCUAGUAGCUUCACCAGCAUCAUGGGAUAUCUGUACCAUGUCAGAAAAUGUGGCAAAGGGGCCGCAGAGCUGGAGAAGAUGACCCUGAAAUGUCACCAUUGUGGAAAGCCAUAUAAAUCAAAGGCUGGACUUGCAUACCAUCUGAGGUCAGAGCAUGGGCCUAUCUCCUUCUUUCCAGAGUCAGGGCAGCCUGAGUGCUUAAAGGAGAUGAGCCUGGAGCCGAAGAGUGGGGGCAGAGUUCAGAGACGUUCUGCCAAAAUAGCGGUGUACCACCUGCAGGAACUGGCCUCUGCUGAACUGGCCAAGGAAUGGCCUAAAAGGAAGGUGCUUCAGGAUCUGGUACCUGAUGAUCGGAAGUUGAAAUACACUCGCCCUGGGCUGCCUACCUUCAGCCAGGAAGUACUACACAAGUGGAAGUCAGACAUCAAGAAGUAUCAUCGCAUUCCAUGUCCUAACCAGGGUUGUGAGGCUGUCUACAGUAGUGUAUCUGGCCUUAAAGCUCACCUGGGCUCUUGUACAUUGGGAAACUUUGUGGCUGGAAAAUACAAGUGUCUUCUAUGUCAAAAGGAAUUUGUGUCAGAGAGUGGUGUCAAGUAUCACAUCAACUCUGUCCAUGCUGAGGAUUGGUUUGUUGUAAACCCGACAACAACCAAAAGCUUUGAAAAGCUGAUGAAGAUAAAGCAGCGGCAGCAAGAAGAAGAAAAGCGGAGGCAGCAGCAUCGGGGCAGAAGGUCUCUGAGAAGGCGGCAGCAGCCCGGCCUUGAGCUCCCUGAGGCAGAGCUGAGCCUUAGAGUAGGGAAGGAGCAGAGGAGGAACAGUGAGGACCUGCUAGUGUCGACCUCCUGUAAGCAACCAGAGCAGGAGCCAGUGCCCACGCAGUUCCAGAAAGUAAAGCCCCCAAAGACUAACCAUAAACGAGGAAGGAAAUAGGCAGUCAGUGUGCAAGUGCUCCUAGGAGAGUGGGUGUGAUGCUUAUUGUCGUGGGGACCUGUGCUGGGAGGACUGAGUCUUGGGGGCCGAGGGAAGAGAAAUUUCCUUUUGGCUGUUUGUGUAAGGCUGUGACUUUCUCAGCUCCUUCCUCCUGUGUAAAUUUCACUCUUUUCCCUACUUACUCACUUUGAUCCUACCCGUAACCCCUUUUGGUAGGUUUUCCUGCUAUGCCUCGUUGGAGUCCUCUUGUUUUUCUCUUAUCUUGCCCAAAGCGCUCCCUCUUAAGGCCAACUAUAGGCCCGUCUUGCCCUUUUCAAGAUUAAGAAAACUGUUGGGUUUUCCUUUCCUUCCUGGGGUGUAGAAUGUUUUUGGAAGCUCCACUGAUUUAGUAGUCACUUCAUCAUCUAGCUUAUAAAAUGAUUCCAAACUAAUUUUUAAAAACCAUACUGAUUUGCUAUUUUGUAUUUGUGAUACAACAAGCCUAGAAGCUUGUCACUCCUGUAAUAACGUUUCCCAAUGAUGGGAAACAAACUUUAUGGAAGCUGUAUGUUCUCUCAGUAUGGUUUUGGUAUUGAAAGUCAGAAAACAGAUUUAGGAUGAAAAAGCUAGAACCUCCCUACACUGGUUUUCCUAAGAAAUACUUUGUCCCAGGUAGCAGACUAACUAGACCCACAGGCAUGAAAAGCAGCCUGAGGAGUAAUGUGUCCCAAAUGCCAAAAUGAUUGGAAAGAAAAAUAGAAGCAGCAGUAAAUGCUGUCUCCACUUUCCUGGUGCUUAAGGCCUCCUUGGUUGCUGUGAUCAGUGCCCUCCUGAUGCUUGUUUUGCCCCCUCUGUGUUGAAGACAGAAAUACCACAUUGCCCCUGAUGUUCUGGCACAGAAUCCCAGUGUUCCUGGUAAUGCCCCUAAGAUUGGUAGCCAAGGUACACAUUCCCCUUUCUCUGGCCUUGACCUCACUUGUUAGUGUAUAGCCCACUAAAUCCUUAUUCCUCCCUUUAGCCUACCUUUGUCUCUGAUUUUUCUGAGAAUACUGUCCUCUGUCCUCUUUUAUAUGUGGAAUUCUAUUCUCUUCAUAUCUUGAGACUUUGACACCAGAUACAGAUAUUUAUCUGGUAGAAAGAAAAAUUCUUUUUCUGUACCUCAUGCCUACCUGGUAAUGUCUAAUGGUCUAAUUCUCUUUGAGGUUGGCUCUCUCUGGAGCAUUGGUUAGAGCAGCUCUCUUGUGUUCCGCAUCCUCUUAUCCUCUUCCAUAAAUACCAGUCUUACAUAUUCUUGACAGUUUUUGUGGCAUAUGCCACAUAAAAAGCAAAGGACCCUUAACCCUGAUAUGGACAAACACUACCUUUUCAAAUUCUGAAAGGCUGUUACCACUCUUUAACUCUUCUCUGUGCUCCUCAGUAUAGCUUUAAAAUGUGGGCUUUUGUGAAGACCACUUUCAAACAAGGGAGCAUUGAAACCAGGUUUGGAUACUGUCAGAACAGGGAGUUGGGAAACAAGGGAAGGCUGUGGUAUAUCCACUCAACAUUUUCAUUGGCAGUUGUGCCCUUAAAACCCUUUCAGUAGAUGAGGUUUGUCAGGGAGGAGAAAUGAAGAAGCUGUAAUGAUUUCUGGUGAGUAAGACUUGGGGAAUGUUUGGCAACGACAAAAGAAAUAAAUGACUCGGUUAGAAUGUU